CAGAAAACCACACCAUAACUGUGAUUUAGAUUAACACACCUUGUCUGUGGUUUAGGUUUAAAAAUGUAUAUCUACACACGUUUGGAAUUUUAGACCGGCAGUUAUUAAUCAACGAUUAAAGUAUGAUGGAUUUCCGUGAAAUGGUGAUUGCCAUAUGGAUGUUGGUUUUUGUGUCUGUGCUUUUCUGUCAUGCUGAAGUUCCAGAUACAUUCUCUGUGCUGGUCCUUGAUGGUCCAGUUUCAGCCAAGCUGGGAGACUCUGUGGUUUUGCCCUGUAGUCUCUCUCCUUCCUUCAGUGCUGUAGAGCUGGAGGUGCGCUGGUACAGGCCCAAUCAAUUCACGACUCCAAUUUUAUUGUACAAGAAUCAGAAGAUCCAGGAGAGUCCUGUAGACCCUCAGUACAGGGACAGAGUGUCUCUGAUAGGGAGUCUGGAGGAGGGGAAUGUGUCUCUGAAACUGGAGAAACUCACACUGUCAGACAAAGGAGAAUAUGAGUGCCAUAUCAGUAGUGGAACUUGGUAUGACAAGGGUACAACAUCACUCACAGUAAAUGUACUAGGCUCUGUACCAGUCCUCUCAUUCACUGAAACAGGAGGAGGAUAUUUGAAUGUUACCUGUGUGUCAGAUGGUUGGUCUCCACAGCCCACAGUAACCUGGAGAGACAGAGAAGGGAAUGAGAUCAAACAGGACAGUAAUGUGAUGUACAAGACAGAUACUGAAGAUCUGGUGAGUGUGAGUUCUUGGCUGCUCUUCUCUCCCUCUGAGUCAGAGUGGAUCUCCUGCUCUGUCAGUUUAUCUGAUCAGGAGAAGAGAGAGGGGAGAAUUGUACCACACAGGAAAGCAUGGAGAGCAUUUAUUGUCCUGCUGGUCAUCAGUCUGUUGGCCUUCAGUGUCUUAUCCACCCUCCUCUUCAUUUUACACAAGAAGAGAGAUCAUCAGAAACCACUGGGCACAGAUCCAACAGGUAUAUGGCAGUAA